AUGGACAGAGCUUCAAAUACUCCUCACCCUCCAAUUCUGAGGCUCAACAGACUGAUAAGAGAGCAGUACAGCCUGUUCCUGGGCUAUUUUAUCUUAUUUGGACUACUAGUUGGGACCAAGCUCAUGCUGCAUGGGCUGCAGCAGAACUAUGUCAAGCUCAACGAGAGAGAAAAGAACCGUAAACUCCUCGACCUCCUGGACGUGCUAGAGUUUAAUUGGAUGUUGGUGGUGAUCUUCGUGAGGUCGGUGCAGCGCUGCAUGGCCCUGGCCCAGCUACUCGUGCAACAGAACGUCCCAGCCAUGGCCAUCCACAGGGCCAUGGCCCAGGAGGAGCGCCUAGCACGCUAUCAGCAGUUCAAGGACUUUCAGCGGCGGAUCCUGGUGGCCACCGAUCUGUUUGGCCGAGGGAUAGACAUUGAGCGAGUCAACAUCGUCUUCAAUUAUGACAUGCCUGGGGACUCGGACACCUACCUCCACCGGGUGGCCCGUGCCGGUCGCUUUGGCACCAAAGGCCUGGCUAUCACUUUUGUGUCUCAUGACAAUGAUGCCAAAAUCCUCAAUGAGGUUCAGGGUCGGUUUGAAGUCAAUGCGGCGGAGCUUCCUGAAGAAACGGACAUCUCCACAUACAUGGAGCCGAGCCGCUAACCACACACCUGACAUCCCGGAGCCACCCUGCUUCCCACGUGCUGCUUCAACUUCUCUUUCUAGGCGACAGCGGGGCU